UCAACGUAAGACAUGAUUGCGGGAUUUCCCAGCGAAAGCUUUUUGAAGAAAGUGACUAAAAUGCCGUUUAUUAUUCAACAAUAACUUCCGAGUUACUCAACGUCAUCUCGCAGAAAGGGAUUGCUGAGUUUUUCUCGUUUCCGGUAGCAGUGUUUAUGUGUUUAUUCUGGGGUGCCGCAACGAAUGGGUUAACGUCACAGAAAUAUAGGUGCAGCUUUUGGAAAACCUUGUUCAGAAAUGCAACUUGCUCGUGGAGAUUGGGUUUUGAAGAGCUGGAUUCAAGCUGAAAUUUGCAACUUGAGACUUCCUCCUCAAUGAAGCUGUGAUGAUUGGUUGUGUGUCAUCCUUGAUUCCAAGACUGAACUACGGAAGAACCCUGUUCGCGAUGGCCUGCGCACAUUUACCUGAUGUCCCUGCCGUCAAGAGAAGUGCUCCAAACUCCUCGCAGCAAGGACGACCACAAAAUGACCUGCUGCUUUGGAUCGCUAAGGAGCUUGGUCAAGACUGGAGGAGGCUGGCAAUUCAUCUGGGCCUUAGCCAGGCCAACGUGGAUGACAUCGAUGGACAGCCACACAAAAGCCAAAAAGACAAAUCGUUCCAGAUGUUGACAAGCUGGACGCGUAAACUGAGAAAUGACAAGAACGGGUACGAAAUACUCAUAACAAUGCUGGAAAGUUGUGAUCGAAAUGACAUUGCAGAGAUGGUCGAGAAUUAUGACAGAAAUCACAACCCGCCAUCGCCUAAUCCCGACAAUCCUGACUAUUUGCCAGCAAAGAUGAGACAGAUUCUGAAAGACAAAUAUGGUGAACAUCGCUUUGUUUUCUGUUCAUCGGUUGACGAGAAAAGAUUUGAGUUUUCUGAGCUUUUUACAAGCCUUGAACUUACCAAAACGGCGGUUGUGUCAACGAGGUUGAACGUACACACGGAGCUGCUUGACUUGAGAAAUGCCGACGGCGACGCGUACAAGCGAAUCUUGUUGAGGGGACCAAAGGGAUGCGGGAAAACAGUUCUCUUGAAAGCCGUAUCCCAGGAUUGGUCCAAACAAAAUGACAACCCCAGGAGCCUCGCCAGCAACUACGACCUAUUGUUUACCAUCGAUCUCCGAGAAGUCAGCGAGGAAGAAGACUUAGCCGACGCUGUCUUUGCGCAGCUGCUGCCCGAAGAUGUAAGACUGUCGAGAGACAGUCUCAGAUCGUACAUGGAUGACAAGGAGAAGCAGUCGCGAGUGGCCAUCCUUCUGGAUGGCUUGGACCAGCUCAUCUGCUGCGGCAAUAGGCUCAGCUCUAAAACGGUCCCAGAGUAUUUCUACAAGAUGAUUACGAAGAAGGUUCACCGUGAGAGCUUGGUCAUCGUGGCUUCCCGCACUCUGACAAAGAAGCUACCCGACGCUUACCAAAUCAUAGAUGUGGGAGGCUUUAGCAGGGAGAACGUCGCCACCUACGUCAGUAAGUUCUUUCGAGAUAACAAGGAAAAGAUGCUUUUUCUCCAGAAUGUUUUGGAGAGUUAUUCCUCAGAUCUGACAGAUUUCUCAACGUACCCUAGCGUUAUCAGCGCCCUCUGUGAGCUGCUGCAAAGUGCCGGCACUGAGGCAUUUCCUAAGGGGCUAACAGAGAUUUACGAUCACAUCUUUAAGGAUAUGGUGAGACAGUACAAGAGCAGCAUCUGCAUACACGGCAAUGGUCCUAUCAGCUAUUUCUUCAAAAGCCUCCUAAAAUCUGUGGACUACGCGGACCUUUUCCCAAAAUUUCACAACCCGGUUCCUGUUAGAGGCGAACAGUUGGAGAAGUUCUUCUAUGAUAUUGGGAGAGUGGCUUUACAAGGCCUUCUUUGCACGAGAGAGAACCGUGACUUUGAAGAGUUCGACUUCGGUAGAGACGCCCUGGCAAUAGCUUGUUCAGUUGGGAUUCUGGUGAAAGACGAUGAGAAGUCGGUAGCUGUGCGGUUUUGCCAUCCCAGCGUACAAGAGUACUGCGCCAGCAAAUACUGUCAAAGUCUUGCCACCUCAAAGCCGACGAAAUUCAGAAAGAAACUGGGGCGAUUUGGCGACCAAAUCAACUUGUACAGGUUUUGCUGUGGCAACAGUAAGGAGAGCAGCGACCUCAUCAUGAAGUUUAUCAUACCACCCCUGGCCCAGGGAAGAGUGACCCUCGGCACUUCCCUGGAGGGAAGGAUUGCUCUCGCUUGCCUGGCUGAAUUUCAUUCGGAUUCUUUCCUCCAGCAUCUGGAGCCUUGCCUCACUGCAGACGGGUCGAUCAAAGUUGAGUACUCGUCUGUCGGGUCCUGGCUGCUGCGAGUUCUUUGCGACGUUCUUAAUACUGCAUGUCGAAGUGACACGUUUCGACUAAGUCUGCAAACUGUGCGCACUUUGAAUGUCACUUGCGGAAUGAGCACCCAGUGCAUUAGCAGCAUUAACACAAUUGUAGGACACCUCAGUAAUUUGCAAACGGUCGUCUUGGUCAAUAAUUCAGACCAAAUACCGUCUUGGUUGGCUACAACUCCAAACGGGGAUGCAGUGUGUGAGCUGGUCUCACAUCUUAGAAAUCACCAUCUGUCCAAGCUGACGAUCGUCAACUGCGGAUUGGGUUCAAGAUGCGUUUCACACAUACUGAGCCAACUGCCCUAUUUAGAGUUUCUGGACCUGUCAAAUAAUCCACGCAUUAUUUGGUCGAAGCUACGGGAGCCCGCCCGGUACCCAAAGCUGACAACGUUAAAGCUGAAGCAGUGUGGCAUCACCGAAGACGAAGCAAAGAGCUUCGUUGAGUUCCUCCAGCAGCAGUCGGACCUUACAGAGCUGUCAGUUGACUGGAAUGAUCUGGAGACAACCGGGCUGGCUAUCAUCAUGGACGCCGUCUGCGACUUGGGGAAGCUCCAGCUUGUCUCUGCGGAGAGGAAGCGCUCAGAUGGCAUGUCACUCCCACAUGAGGAAACAGUCAGAAUGCUGAGACGUUGCAGCGCUCUAAAGGCGUGCAACGUGAGCAAAUGGAAACCAAAGGAUGAAGAGGCAGGGGCAGAGAUGCUUGAAGCUGCAAGCCAUUUAGAUGACUUCCAGGCUCUCAUAUUCGACGAGAGAUCGUUCAUGGUGGAUGAAUUUGGAAAUGUAGUUUCUUCACCCAACGAAGCAUCAGACCCCAACGACGACGUAGGAAAUGAAGCCUCUUCAUCCAACGAAAGAUCGGACACCAGCGGAAUGUUGGACGAAAAGCCAUAUUCGUGUACAGACACUCUGCUUGGAUUCAGUCCCCAUCGCAAGAAAUCUUAUUCCCAACAGCACAGCACGUAAGGGAUCGACCUAUGAUUGAGAUAAAGGGUGAUUGGGUUACAUGUGAAAAGCACAUUACUAUUGUAUUAAUUUCUCUAUUUCCUUUGACGUCAGUGCAAUGUACAAAAACACGGUUCACUUUCAGAAACAGUGACAGCCUGGUUGUAAUUAGCAUCUGUAACGUCUUAUUUGUGCCUUCUGAAAAAAAAAACUAAUCUAAGUUAGGGCGAGUGUGUACAUAGCAGACAAAAUGCUCGUUGGUAUGGUUCGUCUGUUAUGUUGUUAAACUGACGUCAUGUGAUGUGGAUUGCGCACCGUUGUGAGCCAGCCCCGUCAGUGCAUCAAUGGAAGAUGUAAAAUCUGACGCGUAACUAAACCACCGUACGGCAUAACCUGAAAAAUGGAAACAACCUAUUCAGAGCGGUGCCGAUAUGUCCACGGUUCCAAGGCUAGGCGUGUUCAGUCAUUUUAAUACUGUGAAGUGUAUGCAUACAUUCACGUUUGAAAUGACAGCCAAGCGUCAAUGAGUUCCCCGCAAAUGACAACUUGGAAGACCUAAGGGGGGGGUGAAAUUAUAUUCGGCAAUUUUCACCUGUGUGAUGCCAACGUGCUACCUCAUACGGGUUACGAUAGAAUGUCGUGGAUUGGAUAGACCUAAGCAUAUGCCUAAGUGAGUACGUUUUAACUCUUACGUACC